CGAGAUUGUCAUUUUGCUGCGUAAAUCACAUGGAGAGAAGCGGAUUCAUAGAAGCGUGCGAGUGAGAGUUAGAAGCAUGAAAGACCAUUGAAAAAGGAAACAGCGCAACAUCUCAACAGUAAAGAAAGCGAUUGUGAGACAAACGUAUAAUUGGUGUAACAGCGAAGACCUGAAAAAACGGGCUACUUUCAUUUUCCAGUACUAUUUGAAGUAUGUUGUGAAGGAUGUCUAGUUGAUUCCUUUCCGGCCCUGUUACUUGGAUACUGACCGGCAACUAUCUUCCAGGUUUGACUAUUCACAGCUUGACUUGCCUUUGAAUGGAGCUCUUCAGGGGGAUCGGCGACUACUGCCACGCACAACAUCUCGGCAUCUAAUGUGAAAACAUUGUUCAGCCCCAGAAGUCAAAUAGGAGAUUUCCAUUUUUAAAUUCUGAUGUGAUCUAUUUUUACAUAUUGAAUGUAAAUAAAACUGUGUUGCCUGCAUAACAUCAGCACCUUUGUUAAGAAGAACCAUAGACUUCCAAAUGGGGUAAUGUGACCCACUACAAGGAACGAAUGCUGGUGUAAAGGAGCUGACAACAUCCCCUCUCCUCACCCUGAAACAGCUGGGCACAGCCACAUUCACAAGUGUCCAUAUGAAAAACCUUAAAAUAUUGUGGAUUUAAUAGGAACACUGAAAGGCAAAGAUUGGUGAACCUUCUUGUGAGUGGCAUAGUGGGAUUUUUUUUCUUUGCUUAGUUCCUUGGAAAUUCCUUUUCUCUUUUAAGUACCCAGCUGCCAAAAUUUUCCAAUAUGGCUCGUAUGAAUCGGCCUGCUCCUGUGGAGGUCUGCUACAAGAACAUGAGGUUUCUUAUUACCCAUAAUCCUACUAACUCAACUCUGAACACUUUUAUAGAGGAUUUGAAGAAAUAUGGUGCAACAACAGUUGUAAGAGUCUGUGAAAUUACCUAUGAUAAAACACCCUUAGAAAAGGAUGGAAUCACAGUAAUGGAUUGGCCAUUUGAUGAUGGUGCUCCACCACCUACUAAAAUUGUUGAUGACUGGUUGAAUUUAUUAAAAACCAAAUUUUGUGAAGAUCCUGGUUGCUGUGUGGCAGUUCAUUGUGUUGCUGGUCUUGGACGUGCUCCAGUCUUGGUGGCCUUAGCUCUGAUUGAGAGUGGGAUGAAAUACGAAGAUGCAAUCCAGUUUAUCAGACAGAAGCGCAGAGGUGCAAUCAACAGCAAGCAGCUGACUUACUUGGAAAAGUAUCGACCAAAGCAGAGACUCCGGUUCAAGGACUCCCACAACCACAAGAACAAAUGCUGCAUCAUGUGACCUUGCCUCAGAUCAGAUUUUUUUUAAACAUGCAUAUUUCUUAACUUCCCAUUGUCUCGAGCCCUUUGGAUUCCUUGUUUUUUAUGUCUCAACCUUUUAAAUGAAGUAUCCUACUUUUUAAGAGCAAUAGGCUAGACAAGGCACACAUUUGACUUCACUGAAACUCAGGGCUGGUAAAGAAAAUGCCUACCACAUUUCUUCAUAAAUUGUACGUGCGGUGACAAGUCAUUGUAGACAGGGUACUUUUUAACAAUCAUGUGUGAUAUUAAAAAAAAAAAAAAAAAAAAAAAGAAAGAAAAAUAAGCCCUUGGUUGAAUGAAAUCAUAACAGUGUGACUUAAAGCAGUCAGCACAACACUCAGAGGUCUUGCAGGUGCUUUUUUGAGAAACAAAAGAAUAACGCAUUGAAGACUUUUCAUUUGAGACAUUAGCUUGAGUAAUGUUCUGUGUUGCACAGAGCUUGAUUUAAGCACAUACUGUAUCUCCAUAUGAACUUUAAAGAAACAUUUUGAGUACAUGUUUUGCCUUCUCCCACCCCAGACUUGCACAUUACAUCUUUUCUUAUAUUUGCUCUCUGAAUGCUUCUCUUUUGUAUUAUAGAUUCUGUAAUGUUUCAGUCACUCUAGGAUCCCUUUAAAUUGUACAACCACUGAAGUCACUUUUCAUAUGGGGAGGAGGGUGGAAAGAUGCACAGGGGAGGAUUAUUUUUAAUAGAAAUUAUUUUUACAUUGUUUCAUAAAUAAUACUAAAAAAAACUAUUAGAAUACCUCAUUCAGGCUGAUCUCCACAUCUGAGGUGUGUGUUUGUCAUGAUCACAAAAAGUAACUUUCAUAUGUUUUUACUGGGAGGGAGGGUGAGGGGAGGUAACUGUUUGUGUCUGCUCUCAGCUGUUUUCAUGGCUUAAACUAAUUAUGAUAUAUCAUUAGAGCUCAGCAAACAUGGUUGCUCUGAAUGACACGUUUUUGUUAAUGGUUGGUUAAGGAUGGAAUCAUGGCCAUGGAUGGAAAAAAAGGUAUUGUCCUGACCUGUUCUGCCUUUUUAAUGUAAACCCACUUCAGUUUGUGCACAGCAGAAAUGUAAUUAAAUAAAUAGGGAAAAAAUA